AUGCUAGUUAAGGAUAUUAAUGAAAAACUAACCUCGGAUACUUCAAAAACUGUAUCAUCUUAUGUUUCUACAGAAGUUAUUGUGAAACAGAUAGCACCAUUAGUUUCUCUUUCAGAGGAUAAACUUCGUGAGCUUGUGGAGCGUUUUGAUGAAGAGAAUGUAGGUGGUCUCUCAGAAGAGCAGUGGAUUCGCUUUUGUGAAGAAAACCAGAAAUUAUUCGCAUCGUUAAGCCAGCAAAAUUUGGAGUUUGGGCGUCUUGUGGGAGAUGGUGUUAUUACCGAUAAUGAGGAAGUGAGUCGUAAACAUCGCUUCGCUCAGAGCGUUGUGCAUUUCUUGGAAGAUUUUGCAGCAGGUGGAGUUGCUGGGGCUGUCAGUAAGACGGUAAUAGCCCCAGGUGAUAGGGUGAAGAUUAUUUUUCAAGUUGAUUCGGGUCGAAGAUUUAGUAUUAUAAAUGCAAUCAAAUUAGGUCUAGAUACUGUGAGAGAACAUGGGAUCUUAGGUCUUUGGAUUGGACAUGGUGCGAUGAUGAUGCGGGUAGUUCCUUAUUCUGCUAUUACUUUUGCAACUUUUGAUUACUACAAUCGAGCAUUGCGUCGUCUUGUAAAUUGCAAACGAGCUGAUGGAACUGAAGAAGAAAGUUUAGUUGUAACGAUACGUUUUUUAAGUGGUUCUCUUGCAGGAGCAACAGCAACAGCUUGCACCUAUCCCUUUGACUUAAUGCGAGCGAAAUUAGCUUUUCAUAGUUGUAUACAUGAUCAAGUCCCUAGUUACCGUAUUGCAUAUAAGAUGAUUGUUAAUACGCAUGGUUGGCGUGCGCUUUAUUCUGGUUUAGUCCCCACUCUUGUAGGUAUUAUGCCAUAUGCAGGUUGUAGUUUUGCCGUUUUUGAAACUUUAAAAAGUUAUAUUACUCGAUGGCACAAUCUCCCUUCAGAGAAAUCAAUUACAGUACAUGAACGUAUGGUAGCAGGUGGUUUUGCUGGUCUUGUUGCUCAAUCUGCUACCUAUCCAUUGGAUAUCGUUCGUAGGCGUAUGCAAGUAUCUCCUGGUCGAUACCGUGGUGUUUUUCACGCCCUUAGGAGUAUUUAUAAGGAAGAAGGUCUUGCUCAAGGAUUAUAUAAAGGUCUUCAAAUGAAUUGGAUUAAAGGACCUAUAGCAGUUGCAACAGGAUUUACGGUGAAUGAUAUUAUUAAACGACGUAUGCGAGAAUAUAAUGAACAAAUUGUUCAACAUUCUCAUCACGAAAGUCUAUUAUCAAUACCUGAAGCCUUUGUAUGUGGUGGAGUCGCUGCUGGUGUAGCAAAAUUUUGGACUGUACCAUUAGAUCGUUUAAAGAUUAUGUAUCAGGUGGGUAUGAGUGUUUCUGCUCCACAUGCUUUUGGACGUCAAGGUAUUGCCUUAAUGGGUAAUAUGAUAGUUGAAAGUCCAAAUAUGUGGCAGAGUGGUGGAAUUACAAUGAUGAGAGUAGUUCCAUAUGGUGCUCUUACUUAUUGUUUGUUUGAUGUUUUUCAAACAGUUUCUGAGCGCCUUUUAUAUUCACAUACACCUACACCUGCUACUAAUUUUCUGGCUGGUGGAUCAGCUGCAGCGUUGGCAACAGCUAUCGUAUAUCCACUUGAUCUUGUGCGCACCAAGGCUGCUACAAAUACACUUCCUUUAUAUUCUCAAUCAUAUUAUUGGGUACUUCGUGAUAUGGCAAAGGAGAAAGGAGUACGUUCUCUAUGGAAAGGUUGUCCUCUUGCAAUUAUGGGUAUAGGUCCUUUUGCAGGUAUAGGUUUCGCAACAUACGAAUAUAUAAAAGAAAAAUAUCACUGUGAUUCCUUUACUGAACGUCUUUUCGCAGGUAUGUUUGCCGGACUUGCUGGUCAAGUCGUUACAUAUCCCCUUAAUGUGGCCAAACGCCGAAGACAAGUUGAACAAAUUGUCUAUUCGAAGCUUGGAGAUCUUAAAAAUAUAUUUAUGAAGCCUGGUUUUUAUGCUUCUUUAUACAGAAGAAUGCCUUUUGGAUGGUCAAUUGGUGCUAUGACUUUUGGGGUUUCUUUUGCAGUCAAUGACUUAUGUUGUGAUGUAGUCGUUCGAGCCAAAAAAGAUAUAUUACAUGACCUUUUUUUUACUACCACGAGAUAA